AUGUUAGGUAUAUAUUGCGAGAAGCUUAUUAAGGGUGGAGGAAUUAACCAGCUUAAGCAUCAUUUGACUGAAAAAGGAGGAGAUAUUAAGUCAAUGAUUGAUGCUAUUACAAACAUGGGUAUAGCGUAUAAAAUGCCAAAUUAUGGAAGAGUUCGUGGGUAUUUGUUGAGCAAAUUGGUUGAAGAUGUGAAGAAAAUGAUUGAAGAUUAUCCUAAAAUUUGGAAACAAAUUGGAUGUUCUGGGUACGAUCACACCGAACGUUUUGUGGCAGAGGAUACGAUUUGCAGUUCAAGUACAGAACUAGAUCUGUAUCAAUGUUAUUUAAACUAUGUAGAAGACACUGCUAGAGAUGUUGAUGUUACCGUUGGAAUUCUGCCACCAAAGUUAGAUAAAGUGACACUUCUUCAGGAAAGCUCGCUGGAUAUUGGAAGGGAAACGGAAGAGGAGGGAGAACUGUUGGAGGAUUGCGAUGAAGAAGAUAAUGGCAUCUCUGAACCAGUCAUGUACAAUGCCGCAGAGAUAUUGAAAAUGGAAUUCAACAACCCUGAUGAGGCGUCCCGUUUCUAUGAACAAUAUAACCGGGCGAAGGGUUUUGCCAUGAGGCAGGGAAAGAAACUGAAAAAUAAAAAGGGGGAAAUAGUUCGGUACACGUAUUUAUGCAACAGAGAAGGUUUCAGAGACAAAAAAUGGCUAGAGAUGCAGGAUCGAAAGCGAGAGCACAAGGUUGUCACGCGAUGUGGGUGUUUGGCGGAGAUGAGGAUAAAGCCGAAUGGUGAUAGCGGGAUUUGGUAUGUUUCACGCUUCGUAGAUGACCAUAACCAUGAUCUUCUACCUGCAAAGUUUGUGCCAUACCUGCCUUCAUACCGGAAGAUUUCUGAUGUUGAUCUAGCCUAUAUGGACAGCUUGAGGCAAGUUGGAAUUUCUAUUCCAAAAAUAUAUGAGUCAAUUGCUGCGCAGGCAGGCGGAUUUAACUUUGUUCCUUUCACAAAGAGAGAUAUGUACAAUGAGGUUAGGAGGCAACGUGCCUUAAGGAAUGGUGAUGUGAAUGCGGCUCUAAGGUUUUUUGAGAGAUGUGCAAGAGGGGAUGAGAAGAUGUUCUGGAGGUUUGAAGUUGGGCCAGACCAACAUAUGUGUGACCUUUUUUGGAGCGACGGGCGUAGCCAGGAUGAUUACAAGAUCUUUGGUGAUGUUCUUGCCUUUAAUGCGACAUAUGGUCGAAACAAGUACAAUCUACCAGUUGUUGUGUUUUCUGGGGUCAACCAUCACAACCAAACAUGCGUGUUUGCCACAGCCAUGGUCUCGUGUGAAUCUCAAGCGUCGUAUGUUUGGGUGUUGAGAAAGUUUUUGGAAUGCAUGGGUGGUAAAGCUCCUAAGGCGGUAAUAACUGAUGGGGAUUGA